AGCGGAAGUGCUAGUCUGCCCCUUCCCGGACCGAGCGAAGCGCCGGCGCGGCCCCUGCCCGCGUCCUCCUCCCCGCGGCCCUCGGAGACCGCGCUCGGCCGCUGCAGAGCCGCGAGUUACAGGAUGUCCGAAGGGGACAGCGUGGGAGACUCGGUCCACGGGAAGCCUUCUGUGGUGUACAGGUUCUUCACACGCCUCGGCCAGAUCUACCAGUCCUGGCUGGACAAGUCCACUCCGUACACGGCUGUGCGAUGGGUGGUGACGCUGGGCCUGAGCUUUGUCUACAUGAUCCGGGUCUACCUGCUGCAGGGCUGGUACAUCGUGACCUAUGCCUUGGGGAUCUACCACCUGAACCUCUUCAUCGCUUUCCUGUCUCCCAAGGUGGACCCGUCCUUGAUGGAGGACUCAGAUGAUGGCCCCUCGCUACCCACCAAACAGAACGAGGAGUUCCGGCCGUUCAUCCGCAGGCUCCCCGAGUUUAAGUUCUGGCACUCGGCCACCAAGGGCAUCCUGGUGGCCAUGGUCUGCACCUUCUUCGAGGCGUUCAACGUGCCGGUGUUCUGGCCCAUCCUGGUCAUGUACUUCAUCAUGCUCUUCUGCAUCACCAUGAAGAGGCAGAUCAAGCACAUGAUCAAGUACCGGUACAUCCCGUUCACGCACGGCAAGAGGACGUACAAGGGGAAGGAGGACGCGGGCAAGACGUUCGCGAGUUAGACGGGCCGCCCGCCGCCCCUCGGAGCCCUCGGCGGGCUGAGCCGUUGUAACAGCGCCUUCUUUCUUCACAUAAAGUAGUUGAUGGCGAGGGAGUCGGAUUUUCUUUUUAAAAAGGAGCUUCAAUUAUUUGUAACUGAAAUAAUGGGUUCUCGAGGAAACUGCCAUGGAACCCGAAUUGCAUUGAUUCCUUUACAGUGACACCAGGUGUUUAAACGGACAGAAUUAGGAAGUCAGGCUGGGCAGACGGCCGAGGGGGCUGGGGGCGAAGGACCCCUGAGGAGGCCGCGGCCACGCCCAGCGGAGCCGGAGCCACAGCGGGAGCUGCGCUCACAGGUUUGCAGAACGCCGGGUCCCGGCCGCUUCCCAGCCUCCCCUCGCCGAGGUGUUCCCACGGCCUCAUGACUGGAGCUCUGUCUUAGCCACGUGAUUGCUUUUGGGGCCUGGAAUUAUAAAUAUAUAUUAUAUUUUAAUUGUU